CCAAAUCAUCACAUCAUCAUAUUAAUCUUCUAUUAAUGAAUAUCAAUUUUGAUUCCAAUUAUACUUGUAAUACAUUGGCCAGUACUAAUCAAACGAUGCUUAAAAUUGAUGAUGGCUGGGAAACGAUACCCGAAUCUAUAAUAAUAGAUUUGAUUUUUGCGCUGAUAUUAUUCAUACCGUAUUAUUAUCUUCCACGAUUAAUACGUUCAUUUGGUUGGCAUCAAGAAUAUUCCAGUUUUUCAUGGAUAAAUUAUUUUGGUAAAAAUAAUUUGUUUAAUCUAAAAGAUGUUACCAAUGAUGAUAUGGAUAAUACGAACGAUUUGAUCAUCAAUUCGGACACAUUAAAACUAAUAGAAACUUAUCUACAACAAUUAGAUAAUGAUGAUAAAGAUGAUGAUGAUAAUUCUGAUCAAAAUGUAUCUAAAAAUUCGGAAUCAAAUAACAUCAUUACGACUGCAGCUUUUCUACCUAAACAUUUUGAACCGGAAAAAUGUCCAAGACGUGAUAGAUCGGAUAAUGAUUGUACGAUUGGAUUCACUGGGAAGAAUCGUGAUGAAUCGACGUCGAUUCCAUUCGAUUCCGAAACAACCGAUAUGACAAUGAAUGAAUCAUCACUUUGUUCGAAAAUUUUACGACAAAAUUCUAUAUGGCGAAAAAUGUGUGAUGAUUUCUGGACAAUGGGCAUUUCUGAUGAACGAAUCCGACAAGAACGUGGCAUCGAUGCUUAUCAAUAUCUAUUAUUUCAAAAAUAUCUAAUCUGUCUUUUGGGAAUUAUGACUAUAAUUUCGAUUUUUGUGAUACUUCCUGUAAAUAUUUACAGUAAUUCAAAUUGUAAUGGAUUUGCUUGUACAUCGAUGAAUAAUCUACCACAUGGUUCAUGGCUUUGUUGGUUUCAUGCAAAUCUAUCGGUUAUUGUCGUUUUAAUCGCAUUAUUUUUGAUGAAUCGUUUUGCGCAAGAAUUACGGCUACCAUGUCAAUUAAGUUUGGAUCAAAAUGACGUGAAAGAAGCUUUCGCAUUUGAUGAAGAUCAACAGCAGAAAAUUCUUCUAAUACGACCAUCAUUAAAUCAGUUAUCUUCGCUGCGACAAUCUGAAAAAAUUCCGUUGAAUAAUCAAUCUGUUUUUGCCCUAUCCAAAAUAUCCGAUGAACCAGAAUCAUCUCAUCAUCAACCGAAUAAAUUCGAUAUAUUAGAACGAUUACGAUCAAAUUUGAAUCAUUCAUACCCAUUUGCGAAACUUAAUGGUAUUCAACUUAUAAUGGAUAAUCGUCGCUUGAAUGAUCUACAGCAAAAAUAUCAUCGUUCAUGGCUUGCAUUGCAAUGGUUACAAAGUACAGUGAGUAAUGUAACUCAGAAUAAAAUUCAAAUAUGUCCCUAUGGACAAAUUUGUUGCUGCAUGUCCGUUUCAACUGAUUCACCAAAAGAAUUCUAUAGCAAAGAAUUAGCCAAUUUUCGACGAGAAAUUAAUUACGAACUACAAAAUCUAACGAAACUCCAAAAUCAAUCUAUACGUGGUAUUUUUGUCGAAUUUGAAUCCGAACAGAUUGCAUCGAGCGUCUAUAAACGCAUCAAACGCCGUUCAAAUAUGUCCAAACGUCGAAUAGGUAGUCCAAAUCUAAUGGAUCACAUUGAAACGGAUCUGACUCGACUCAUUCAUGACCGAUGUCAUUAUCCGGCACCCAGACCGGAUGAUAUCAAUUGGAGAAAUCUUGGCGUUGAAACGAAACGAAAAUGGGCAUGGAAAUGUCUUUGUACAUUCAUCUUAUUCAUAAUAUUUUUUUUCCUUUCGACACCAACUUAUGUAUUUAAAUUAUUGGAUCUUUAUGCUUUAAAGCAUUUACAUGAUCAGAAUAUCCUAGGACCAAUAUCACUUUUAGUCGACUAUUUAAAUCCAAUGCUCAUGGUCAUGUUGGUAUCAUCGAUGCCAACUAUCGUACAACAUGUUCUUGAAAUGAUACCAUAUCAAACCAUUUCUGGUCUGAAUUAUGCCAUCAUGACACAUCUGUAUUCUUUCAUGGUCCUUACAAUCAUCAUAUUACCUUCGGCAGGAUUUUUAACGAUGAACGCCAUGUUGGACAGUAUUUUUGGUGUGAAUACAACGAUCAUAAGUAAUGUACCAGAGAUGGAACAAUCACAUUCAUCAUCAAAAUCAUUUCAUUGGCAAUGUCUAUUCCCUGUUGAUAAUGGAGCAUUCUUUCUGAUCUACAUAAUUCAUGCAGCCAUAUUGGGCAAUCUUAUUGAAUUGUUACGUAUAACAGAUGCUUAUAUCUAUAUGUUCUACUAUUUGGUAUUCAUACGUUCACCUGCCGAAUAUAAAACGGCUCGUAUGAUGGUUUCACAAGAAUUUCCAUUAGGCGUUUUCUAUUCACAAUUUCUACUCAUAUUUACAAUGACCAUUAUAUUUAGUUUUGCAUCACCAUUGAUCGUUCCUUGUGGCCUAGCAUACAUGACCGGAAAACAUUUGGUUGAUCGUUACAACAUUUAUCAUGUUUAUGUUCCGACAAAAAUUAAUUCACAAAUUCAUUUAACGGCCAUAAAUUAUGUACAUAUUGGUCUGGUGUUGAUGAUUUUACAGCUAUUCUCGGUGAUGUUGAUCAAAACAGAAUAUUCACUUGUAUCACGUUAUAUACUAUUCGUAUUCAUCUGUGCAUUAAUAUUUUCAUUGAUACGAUGUUUCUGUCCAGGUUUUCUCGAUAGACGUCGUCAACCGAAACGUGAACUUGGUCAACAACAAACAGCUAUUGAAAUCUCUCGACAACAACAACAACAACAACAACGAACAUCAACAUUAUCAUUAUCAUCGAAAUCGAAAUCAUUACACCAGAAACAACAUUCAAAAGAUGAAAUUUGCAUCUGUUCUUAUACAUGGCCAGUGCUUGUCAAUUUACUUCGGGAUAAAUUUUUUUCUUCUUUCUCUUCAUCAUCUUCUAAGCCCUUAAAAUCUAAGGAAUGA